CGCGAGCUCGUCCGGGUGGCGCCCCUCCCCCCGCGGCGACCCCCGCUCAGACUGACUGGGCCCCGAAACGGUGGCGGCGGUUUGUGGUCGUUGGUCCCAGGGAUUUAGGGCCAACAUUUGAAGACCCGAAGGGGAACUGCAACCAUGAACGAAGAAAAUAUAGAUGGAACAAAUGGAUGCAGUAAAGUUCGCACUGGUACUCAGAAUGAAGCUGCUUUACUUGCGUUGAUGGAAAAGACUGGUUACAACAUGGUUCAAGAAAAUGGACAAAGGAAAUUUGGUGGUCCUCCUCCAGGUUGGGAAGGUCCACCUCCACCAAGAGGCUGUGAAGUUUUUGUAGGAAAAAUACCUCGUGAUAUGUAUGAAGAUGAGUUAGUUCCUGUAUUUGAAAGAGCUGGCAAGAUAUAUGAAUUUCGACUUAUGAUGGAAUUUAGCGGUGAAAAUCGAGGUUAUGCUUUUGUGAUGUACACUACAAAAGAAGAAGCACAGUUAGCCAUCAGAAUUCUUAAUAAUUAUGAGAUUCGACCAGGGAAGUUUAUUGGUGUGUGUGUAAGCUUGGAUAAUUGCAGAUUAUUUAUUGGAGCUAUUCCUAAGGAAAAGAAGAAAGAGGAAAUUUUGGAUGAAAUGAAGAAAGUUACAGAAGGAGUUGUAGAUGUCAUUGUUUAUCCAAGUGCAACCGAUAAGACCAAAAAUCGUGGGUUUGCAUUUGUUGAAUAUGAAUCUCACAGAGCUGCUGCUAUGGCUAGGAGAAAACUAAUUCCAGGAACAUUUCAGCUGUGGGGUCAUACCAUUCAAGUAGAUUGGGCUGAUCCAGAGAAAGAGGUUGAUGAGGAAACCAUGCAGAGAGUUAAAGUUCUCUAUGUCAGAAAUUUAAUGAUCUCCACUACAGAGGAAACAAUUAAAGCAGAAUUCAAUAAAUUCAAACCUGGUGCAGUUGAACGAGUGAAGAAACUUAGAGAUUAUGCUUUUGUUCACUUUUUCAAUCGAGAAGAUGCAGUAGCUGCUAUGUCUGUUAUGAAUGGAAAAUGCAUUGAUGGAGCAAGUAUUGAGGUAACACUGGCAAAACCAGUAAACAAAGAAAACACUUGGCGACAACAUCUUAAUGGUCAGAUUAGCCCCAAUUCUGAAAACCUGAUUGUGUUUGCUAACAAAGAAGAGAGCCAUCCAAAAACUCUAGGCAAGGCACCAACUCUUCCAGCUCGUCUCAAUGGUCAGCAUAGCCCAAGUCCCCCUGAAAUCGAAAGAUGCACAUACCCAUUUUUUCCUGGAACAAAGCUUACUCCAAUUAGUAUGUAUUCUUUAAAAUCCAGUCAUUUCAAUUCUGCAGUAAUGCAUUUGGAUUAUUACUGCAACAAAAAUAAUUGGGCACCACCUGAAUAUUAUUUAUAUUCAACAACAAGUCAAGAUGGGAAAGUACUCUUGGUCUAUAAAAUCGUUAUUCCUGCUAUUGCGAAUGGAUCCCAGAGUUACUUCAUGCCAGACAAGCUAUGCACGACAUUAGAAGAUGCAAAGGAACUGGCAGCCCACUUUACAUUACUUCAUUUGGACAGGGAACACAAUCUCUUCAGCCUGGACCUAUGUAGAAGAAUUUGGAGAAAAUGAGCAGGUCCUUUCUGAUGUUGCUUGAGCUUAUUCUCCUGCAGUUGAUCUCAUUCCUGUUGGCUAAAUAUUAAGUCCCAUCACAACAUAAAGUUAAUGCUCAAAUGUUUUAGGCUUAACUUAUAAUACCAGAAAAUAUGGAAAAAAACUUUGCCUGUACAUCAGAUGACCUAAUUCCUUUUCUUCUAUUCCUAGAAACACCAUCACAUUUAUAAAUGAUCAUAUUCUUUUGUCACAUCUUUGGCUUAUUCUACACUGAAGAACAUAGUUGAGUUUUUGGAAAGUACAGGAUUUAUAGAUUUGGUCUUUAAUAUUCAUACACUUAUAUUAAUAUUGCAAUUAAUGAAGCAGGAAAUUAUUGGUGUAUAACAUGAAUGUUUAUUGUGUAACAGUAAUAUUUCAAUUAUAAAUAUUUUUUAAAAAAUAAUUUGGUUUAGUACAUGUCUUUUUCUACUGUAAGUUGAUAAUGGUUUCCUAAAGUUUAUUUUAUAAAGAUGAUUCAUUUUAGUUUUGUGGUACUAGUAGGAUGCUAAUGUUAAAUUGGUGUGUUGAGUUGUAUAAAUGUUUAUAUUAGUAUUUAAAUAAUGAAAUAUUGGACAGUUAGUUUACACCAAGUGUUUUUGCAGUCCAGGGGUGAAUGUUUCUGCUGGUUUCAUGCCUAGUGCAGUUUCAAAAAAGCGAAUAUGAAUUCACUGAUUUUUAUCUUUUCUUCAUGGACUCUUUCUUAGUGUCAGAACCAAAUUUGAAAAAAGCUUCAUGUGGAGCAAGAGAAAUCAGAGGUUCUCAUUUUCUGUAAUCAGAAAAAAAAAGACAAAACAAUAGCUAUCCAAGAAUGCAUUCUAGUAAGAUCUUUGAAGCAUUGUGUCAGUGAGAGGAACUGACUGAUUUGCAGUACAGUUAAUGCUGAAACAAUCUUUACCAGCAAUAUAGUAUUAUCAGGAUUUUGAAUGUUUAGAACAUUAUGUUAAAUUGUGAUUAUAGUUUUAAUGCUUUGUCUCUUUGAAUUAAAUCUGUAUCCACAAAGAUGUGCAGCAUAAUUGUUCAUAUAUUUAUUUACAGACUACAAUUUUCGUCGCAGCUCAAUAAAUAGUCUUUCCCCUAU